AUGGCACACUCGCAGCUGGCAGCGCUCAGCAUGCCGCCCAAUUUCCUCAUCGAACUCGGGCGGCUCGAUCCCGACGUGGCCUUCCGCGCCUCGCAGUCGCACAUCCACCACACAUGGGCGCGCACCUUCCACUCGCGCCCGGAGCUCUACCUGCGGCCCCAGAGCGUUGCCGAAGUCCAGAAGAUCGUCACCCUCGCCCGCCGCAUGCGACGCCGCAUCGUGACGGUUGGAUGCGGCCAUUCGCCGUCGGAUAUUACCUGCACCUCGGCGUGGAUGGUGAACCUGGAUGAUUUUGGGAAGGUGCUGGACGUGAACAAGGAACGCAAGACCAUCACGGUGCAGGCGGGCAUACGCAUGCACAACCUGAAUCUGGCGGCAAGAGAGCAUGGCCUGACGAUGCCCUCGCUGGGCUCUAUCGACGUGCAGUCGCUGGCAGGCGCUAUCGGGACCGCCACCCACGGCAGCUCUAUGAAACAUGGCCUGCUAUCCGACAACGUUCGCAGUCUAAAAAUUGUGCUCGGCAAUGGACAGUCGGUCAAGUGCUCGGCUUCGCAGUCCCCUGACCUGUUCCGCGCCGCCCUCGUCUCCCUCGGCGCGUUGGGCGUCAUCGUUGAGAUAGAGUACGGGCUGUCCGAGCACGGCGACAUCGAGUGGGCCCAGACGAUACUCCCCAUCGACCAAGUGCUCUCGCUUUGGGACAAGGACUUGUGGACGUCUCAUGAAUUCGUGCGUGUCUGGUGGCUUCCUUACAUGAAACGCGCCAUUGUGUGGAAGGCGAACAAGACCGACAAGCCUCACGUGAAGCCUGCAUACAACUGGUACGGCGGCAGCGUAGGCUUUCACACAUACCAUAUCCUCCUCUGGGUCUCGCAAUAUGUGCCCCGCUUCUUGCCUUGGGUCGAGUGGUUCGUCUUCGGUAUGCAGUAUGGCUUCAAGGACGGAGCUACCAUUAGCGCUGUUGAGGAACAGCGCACCGGUCUGCUUAUGAACUGCUUGUACUCACAAUUCGUUAAUGAGUGGAGCAUCCCUCUCGCCAAGGGCCCCGAAGCCCUGACGCGCCUCACCAAUUGGCUCCAUGGCGACGAGCGCGGAUCCGCCAUCCCUUUCAGUCCCAAAGGCCUCUAUGUCCACUCGCCCAUCGAAGUUCGUAUAGCCAACACCGUAAACCGACAACCUCGUCCUUUCCUUGACACUUCCUGCCCCAAGGAACCGUCCUUGUAUCUCAACGCCACCCUCUACCGCCCCUACAACCAGGAUCCGCCCUGCCGCGAGCGCUACUACCAGGCCUUCGAGCACCUCAUGAAAGAGUACAAUGGCCGCCCGCACUGGGCAAAGAACUUCCAGUCCGUAGAUCACACGUACCUCUCCAAGGUGUACGGAAACGAUCUGGAUGAGUAUCUCCGCGUCCGCAAUGAGGUCGACCCCGAUGGCAUGUUCCUUGGCGCAUGGCAUCGCCGCACCAUCUUACCACCUAAGACCGAACUCGCCGCAUUCCCGCUUGAAGAGAAGGAAGUCGUGCGACGGCAGCGGCAUACGGGCGGCGUGGACUGGGUAGGCGAGCAGGCACGGUGGUACGAUGGCGGCGUAGACGUGUUUGAGAAGAACGGCAGCGAAAGUGGAGAGAGCUUCGACUUGAUGGCGGGCGCCGAGGCCGAAGCUAGUGUACUGCUGGAGAGUCUGAGGGACGAUGACGAAGACCUGGAGGUAGAACAGAGACGGCGGGAGAACACAGAGGAGUUCAUCUCAGGGACCAACGUUUUCAACAAGAUGUGA